AUGUGGGCUGCCAAGCAGGGGGCUGUGGCAGCCCACAGGGAGGAGGGUGAAGGUGCUAAGGAGGUUCGAGGUGGUUGCGGAUGGCUACGGGCUGCUAAGGGAGGGCUUUGGGCGGUGCAGGUGAAGAACACGUUCGUUGAGAUGGCUGAGGACGUCGACUCUGACUUGCCACUUCGGCGAGUGCAAUCAGUUCCAGCACUUCCUUGGAUGGGCAAGGAAGAGGAGAAGGGCAAUGCCUUACCGCCCCCCGCGCGCACAACGCUUUGCGUCUUCAGCUUCGGAAACUUCGCGAAUGUGGAUGAGGUGCUGGGCCUGUUGAAGGUCAAGGGCCUCCUGUGCAAAAUCGACUUUGCUUACAUGCCGAUGGAUUUCAAGCACGGCGUCCCCUAUGGCGAGGUGUUUUUAAAUGCCGUCUCACCAGAGGCCGCUUUGGAGCUUUGGGACGUCCUUGAUGGACCCCAGGGCGAGAACGGGUCCUUUGCCGUGUGCUGGAACACCAAAGUCCAAGGCCUGGAUGCACUCAUCAAGAAGUAUCGCAACUACUCGGUGAUGCAUCCCGCCGUGCAUGAAAAGGCAAAGCCCCGCCUUUUCAAGGACGGGGAAAGCAUGGCUUUCCCUGCUCCCACACGGAAGGUGAAGUUUCCCAGAGCACGGGCAUAG